AUGAGUUCCUCCUCGCUGCUGGCUGAGGGUCCCCUCGACCCCCCCGUGCUCUUGGCCGACAUCAAGACCGAGCCCCCCGAGGAGCUGCUGGCCAGUGACUGCGGCCAGCCCCAAGCCGAGCCCGUCGACCUCUCCCUCAACAAGUCCAAGGCGGCCACCACGACGACGACGACGACGACGGCGGCGGCGGCCACCUCGGCCCCACCUCCCCCCCCGCCGGCCCCCGCCUCGGUCCAAUCCUCCCCGUUGCUGGUGGCUCCCCCGCUCCCCACUCCCGCCACCGUCUCCAUCUCCCCCUCGGGUCUCAGCUCCACCUCGGCCAUCCCGGCCGUCCUCUCUCCCGGCUCCAUCCUGGCCUCCACGCAGGGCAGCGGUGGGCAGCAGAUCCUCCACGUCAUCCACACCAUCCCUUCCGUCAACCUGCCCAGCAAGAUGGGCAACCUCCAGACCAUCCCCGUGGUGGUCCAGUCCCUCCCUGUCGUCUACACCACCAUGCCCACCGACGGCGUCACCGCCAUCACCGUGCCCCUCAUCGGGGGGGACGGCAAGAACGCGGGCUCCGCUUUUCUUUCCCGCCCCCCCCCAGUGAAGGUGGACCCAGGCUCCAUGUACCCCAUGGACAUGAACAGUGACAGCGAGGACAGUGCCUCCGAGAGCGGCCCAGCCCCAUUCCAGGACCUCCAGAGAGAACCAACAGUGCGGGGCCAGCGAGCUGAUUCCACCGACCUGAAGAAGCGACGCAUCCACCAGUGCAACUUCGAGGGCUGCAACAAGGUCUACACCAAAAGCUCUCACCUCAAAGCCCACCGGCGGAUACACACGGGAGAGAAGCCCUACAAGUGCACCUGGGCCGGCUGCACCUGGAAGUUUGCCCGCUCGGAUGAGCUGACCCGGCACUUCCGCAAGCACACGGGCAUCAAACCCUUCUGCUGCUCCGCCUGCGACCGCCGCUUCUCCCGCUCCGACCACCUGGCCCUGCACCGCCGCCGCCACAUCAUGAUGUGAGGAGGAACCCAAAAACCCCCCCGGGGCUGGGGAUGAAGAGGCUGGGGACACACACACACACACUCACACCAACAACGGUGGAAAAGAGGGGGUGCAAACGGCACAACCCCCCCCUCCCUCUGACACCCAGCACCAUCCCGGCUCCUCCUCCGUGGAGGCACCGCGGGAGCGAGAGGCUGAGCUCUGCCCAGAACUGUGGCUGCUGCAGGAGCCCCGUGGGCAGAAGAUGGUUCCUGGAGUGGUUCUCCUUCUCCCUGGCUCCUGUUUCCACGAGUAUUUUUUAUUUUACCUUUUUUUUUUUUUCGUUUUUUUUUCCUGGGCUUCUCCUCCCCACUCACAACCUCUGGAGGUUCCUCCUCGACUCCUCACCCAGGAUUCAGCCUCCGGACCCCGCUGCACGUCUGCCUCUCCAGCCUCUCACCCAUCUCCUCUGCUCGUGCCCCCUGUCCCCUCCUGGUCCCAGCGGGGCAAAUCCUGGAAGCCACAGGAAGGACAGAGGUGGAGCAAUAGCUCCAAUAGCUCUGGGCUUCUCGCCUCUCAGCCACCACCUGCCUCUCCAUCCCCGGCCACUGCGUGUCCCUGUCCCCACACGCCACCACUCUGAACAGCAGAAAAAGCAAGAGGAGGAGGAGAUGGUGGUGGUGGUGGAGGAAGGAAAACCAACAACCUGACAGCAACCUGCAAACAAAAUCUCCACGUGCCCUCCCUUUCUCUCUCCAAAACAACAAAAAAGGAAACUCUGGGGAAGGUGGAACUGUGCUGGAGGGGGUGGGGAGGGUGGGGGCCACCAGCUCUCCAUU